AUGUUGGGGCUCGUCGGCGACAGUAAACCCCUCGGCGACGGUUCCGACGAUCCGCUGCACGACGACGAUGACGAGCUGGACGACCCGAACCAGGACUCACCGGGACUGUCAGCGUCACCGCCGCCCGCUCCCCCGCCGCUGCCACCGCCGGUGCGGAACGGAUGUCAGCGAUGUCGCUUCUCGCAGCUCGCUUCCGCCAACUCGACGCUGAACCGGUCCCAUCCGCAUCUCGCCAGCGGAACGGGAACGCUCGGGUCGGGCUCGAUCGGCGGAGGCACGCUUACCCGGACGCACCGGAAUGGCGGUACGCUCGAGCGGAAUCACCACAUGGCUGCCAGCUCCGGACAUCUGCACACGGCUGGAGGCGUGGCGACGACAGCAGCAUCCGCCGGAACCGGAAACGGCACCUAUCCGGGAUACGACCGAAAUCGAUUGCUGGAAGAGGAGGAUUCGGCCUACCCGGCACUGCUGGAACGUGAACUUCACUCCCUGCAUCGGAAUGUGCCCGCGCUGCGCCGGGCCGGCGUCGACACGACCGCAAUCAGGCAGCACUUCUAUCCGGACGGUGGCUGGGGUUGGAUCGUCUGUGGUGUCGCAUUUCUGGCGCAUGUCCUCACCACCGGCUUCCAGCUGUCCUACGGCCUGCUGCUGCUGUACGCGAUACGCCAUCUGGGUCACGAGGUGAAUACCGAAGCAGGUUGGCUCGGUCCGGCCAGCUGGGCCAUGUCCCUCUUUUCGGCAACGAUUGUCGUGGCGCUCUGCCGCCGGAAGUCCACCCGGCUGACGGCAGUGCUGGGUGGGUUGGUGCUCGCCCUCGGCAUCCUGUUCACAUCCUUCGCCACCCAGCUGCAUCAGGUAGCGUUCAGUUACGGCGUCAUCGUGGGCAUCGGGUCGGCGAUGGUACGAGAGUCGGCCGCCGUUAUGCUGGGCCAUUACUUCAAACGGCGGAGACAAUUUGUCGAAAUGAUCACGAUGUCCGGCGAGGGUGUCGGCGUGGCGCUGUUUUCCGUCAUCCUCAAGGAAGGCGUCGGGAAAAUGGGUUGGCGUUUGGGUUUGCAGGCCGUCACCGGGCUGGUGUCGUUCAGCUUCUUCAUGGGACUGCUGUACCGGCCGGCCUCCCUCUACCAUCCCCAGCGCAGGGCGAUACUCCACUUGAAAAACCAAAGGAAAAAGGUGAAGGAAAAGAAAACACACGUCCGCACACCGAAGCCACCGUUCCUAGACUUUACGCCCCUAAAGUCGUCCUCGGUGCGGAUGCUGUCAAUAUCGGCUUCGGUUGCAGCACUCGGCGUGUACUCGCCAAUAUUUUUCCUGUCUCUGCACGGAUUCAGCGAAGGGUACGACAUGCAGGACCUGGUGCUGCUGCAGACCUUCCUCGGACUGUCGAUAGCUUUAGGAAUAGUGUUUAGUGGUUCGUCCAUCAACAAGACGCUGGAGAUUUCCUUCCGCAAGGUGCAGAUUUCCCGUCAGUACGUUUGUCAGGGCUGUGUUACGUUAGUGUCACUAUCGUUGUUAGUUUUAUCGGCCGUCGCCGACUACCGGGGCCUAUGCUUCUCGGCGUGGGCCUACGGGCUCGGCCUCGGCGGCUACCGUUACACCUUGAAGAUGCUUGCGAUCGAGCGGAUCCGCGGCAAGUACUUCUCCAAGGCGUGGGGUUUCAUCAAGGGAGCCGAGUCGCUGCCGGUGCUGUUCGGGGUGCCCCUGUGCGCCUUCCUGAACGACUCCUCGCACCGGUACGGCCGUGCCGGGUACUACAUUUGCGCCGCCAGUGCGGCCAUCUCCGCCAUCAUCCUGUUCUUCGUCGGCUAUCCGGACGGACGGAACAUGAAAUACUCAACCAAUGGUUCCAUCACAUCGCGAUGUACGGCACCGACGUCGUCGAGCGACUGUCAGCACAUACUCGACCGAAGCUUCUCGUCGCAGCGGUACAACAAUCCCCACUGGUACGGCACUAGUACGCACACGAGCAACCUCGCCAACGGUUGCCACGGCUCGGGAAGCUACGCCGGAGCCGGUCCCGCCAGUCUACAGCGCUGCCUCUCGACGAGUCAGUUCAUGAACGGUGGGCUUAACCUAUCCUCCAGCGGCCUCGGACCUGGCACAACCGGUAACGCAGGUGGCGCAGGCACGGUGGGAGGCGGGACAGGACAUACCGGAGCCGGUACCGGUCACAUUCUGGGCAACAGUCAAUCCCUCGAUAAUCCGGCGACGGUUGCUGGCGGUGGCUUCAGCAGCUACCAUGGCGCGUUCUGUGGCCAAAGCGCCGGGCAACCGCACGGCCGGCUUCACAAGAGCCUAUCGUUCGCGUUCCAAUCACCCAUGUUCAGCGACGAUCCGAUGCACCAUACCUGCCAUCAGGCAUCCUACGCAGCCGACUAUCCCCCACCGAGCCGGUGUUACUCCAGGUGUGAAGUACACAACCCAUCGCUGGCAACGCCGAUCACGGUUCAUCGGGAUACGUUCGGGCGACAUCACAGUUUCCGCGGCACAACAUCUUCCUCGAGCCGUGGCCAAACACCCCGCCAUUCGGUUGCCCACCCGUCGUCGGGCCGGGGCCAAGGACCAUCGACUCCACACCACCACCAAUACCACCAUCCACCGCAGCAGCAUCAGCAGCAGCACCAUCAGCAGCAAUCCCACCACCAACAUCAACACCACCAGCAACCGUUGCCACCGUAUCCGGCGAACGGCCUGCAGUACCAUCCUUCCCGCAGCCGCAGCGUUCCGGAGGGUUUGGGCGGGACGGGCCGCACCGGAGCGACCGGAGGAGGGCCGUCGGGUGCGUUCGCCGAUUGUCACUGGAAUCACUGCCACUGGACCACCGCCCAGGACCGGGCCACCUUCUGCCGUCCGAGCCGACCGAUUCAGGUCGUCGAGCAGAUAACGACAUCCGUUUGA